CGGAGCGGGCCGCAGACCGGGAGCAGCAUGUGGACGCUCUGGCGCCGUGCGGCCGCCUGUCUCCUGCCCCGGUCGGCGCUCCCGAGCCCGGCCCAGGCCUUCACCCCGGCCCCAGGGCCCGCGGAGUUCGCCCGGAUCUGCGGCCGCCGGGGCCUGCGCACCGGAACCGCCGCGGCCAGCGCGCCCCGCCACACAAGUUUGAACCUCCACUGUCUCAACCAGAUUCUGAAUGUCAAAAAGCAGAGUGUCUAUUUGAUGAAUUUGAGGAAAUCAGGAACUUUGGGUGACCCAGGUUCUCUAGAUGAGACCACCUAUGAGAGACUAGCAGAGGAAACACUGGACUCGUUAGCAGAGUUUUUUGAAGACCUUGCAGACAAGCCUUACACAUUUGAGGACUAUGAUGUCUCCUUUGGGAGUGGUGUUUUAACAGUUAAACUGGGAGGAGAUCUAGGAACCUACGUGAUCAACAAGCAGACUCCAAACAAGCAAAUCUGGUUAUCUUCUCCAUCCAGUGGGCCCAAGCGUUACGACUGGACUGGGAAGAACUGGGUGUACUCGCACGAUGGUGUGUCCCUCCAUGAGCUGCUGGCCGCCGAGCUGACCGCAGCCUUGAAAACCAAACUGGACUUAUCUUCCUUGGCCUACUCUGGAAAAGGCACUUGAUGCCCAGCCCAGUUUUAAAGACAUUAAAAGCUGUCAGGCCAAGACCCCAGCUUCGCUCUGCAGCCGAGUGUCUGUUUUUUCCAAUUCCUGCUUUUGAGGACAGUUGCUUGUGCAUAGCAGCUCUGUGAAAAGAAGGUGUCGCCUUCCACCCUGCCCCCAAGUUCUGAUUUUCAAUUUUUAUAGAGGUUUUUUUUUUUGCAUUUACUGUCUGAUUUCCUCCUUCACAUGCGAAUUAUACCCCUUUUAUAGUGUCUUCUACCUAUACCUUAAUAUAAUCACCUCAUAAAAAGAAAAAUAAGAAGAAAAAAUUCCAGGAGGAGAAAUGAAUUGUCUUCACUCUUGAUUCUUUGAAGGAUUUACUGCAAAAACUGCAUGAAGAGGGCUGGCCCUUCUGUCUCAAAAUGAGACUCAUUAAAGGGUAGCCUAUAAAUGUUCCCAGGCCUCUUUCAAAGUGUAAGCACUUCUGAGCUCUUUAGCAUUGAAGUGUCAAAAGCAGCUCACAUGGGAAGAUCAUCCCCCAUCUGUGCUUCAUGCCUGCCAAGGUAUGGCCUACCCUGGGUUAUCCACAGACACUUGCUGCUGUUUCUUCCACAUAUUCAAACAUAUAUGUGCACACGCACACACUUGUAUGUGUGUAUAUACAUUUUUUUUUAAUUUAAAGGUCAGUACAGAAUCAGCUGCUGCAAUACGAGUUGGAGAAUGCAAAAAAGUCUCCUAAAGACAGGAAGGGGGGAGAAAGCCAUUUCCAAGAGCUGAGUGAUGUAGGAUAAUAAACAAAGUCACAUAGAGCUGAGGAGUACCUUGUAAGUGUGAAGGGUCAUAUAAAUGAAAGAGAUACUUGAAUUGAUAAAAAGAACCCUAGUCCUAGACACGGCUCCGCCGCAAAGUAGUUGUGUAUCUGUGGACAAGUUUCACAGACUCCCUCACCCUCUGCUUUCCUGUCUGUUAAAUGAGAGGAUGGAGUAUAGUUGAUUCCCAACAUUCAGUGUCCCAUCAGGCAGCCGAACAGGCUGGCGUUACUUCCCACUGGGUAGAUGAGGGGAUGACAAUGAACAUUUUUUAAGCCAUAUUGUAACACAGGGA